AUAAUCCAGUGUUGCACCAUGAAUCGUUCUCUAUAUCCCGCCUCGUGUCCUCCAAUUGUACACGUUCCUACUUGCAUAGUAAUGGUUGGUUUGCCGGCGAGAGGUAAAACUUAUGUUUCGAGAAAACUAACCCGGUAUCUCAACUGGAUCGGCGUCAACACCAAGGUAUUCAACCUCGGGGAGUACCGCCGCGAAAUGGCUGGUGCUCACUGCAAACACUCCUUCUUCGAUCCAAGUAAUACGGAUGGAAUGAAUGUACGUGAAAAGUGCGCAGAACUCGCCCUGGAAGACAUCACAAAAUGGCUGAACGACAAGGGACAGGUAGCUAUCUUCGAUGCUACGAACACCACUCGAGCUAGAAGAAAGAAAGUCACGGAUCACCUCACCGCCCAUGGCUUUAAGGAAUUUUUCGUGGAGUCAGUUUGUGAUGACAACGAGAUCAUUCGUUCCAACAUUCUGGAGGUAAAGGUAAACUCCCCUGACUAUCAGGGGGUACCCCCAGAAGAGGCUCGCCAAGACUUUGAGGCCCGAAUUAAUCAUUACAACGAUUUCUAUGAACCUCUCGCUUUGGACCAUGAUUCUAAUAUGCCCUUUCUGAAAGUGAUUGAUGGUGGAAAGCGAUUUCUGAUGAAUAAAGUUGAAGGAUAUCUGCAGAGUAGGGUAGUUUACUACAUCAUGAACUUACAUAUCACCCCAAGAGCCAUCUAUCUGUCAAGACAUGGUGAAAGCAUGAUGAACUUGCAAGGGAGGAUUGGAGGAGAUUCUGAUCUCUCUGAGAGGGGCUGGGAUUACAGCAAGGUGCUUGGAAAGUUUGUUAAGGAAAAUAUGCCAGAUGAUCUCAAAGUCUGGACCAGUGAAAUGAAACGCACCAAUCAGACGGCAAGUGCCAUUGACAGACCAAUCGAGAAGUGGAAAGCCAUUAAUGAAAUUGAUGCAGGUGUAUGUGAGGGAAUGACAUACGAAGAAAUACAGGAGCAAUUUCCUCAGGCUUUUGCAAAGAGAGAUGAAGAUAAGUUCCACUAUCGCUACGCUCGUGGGGAGUCUUAUGAAGAUCUUGUGGCCCGGCUAGAACCAGUUAUCAUGGAGCUGGAGCGGCAGCAGAAUGUGCUUGUGAUCUGUCACCAAGCUGUAGCCCGUUGCCUACUGGCAUACUUUUUAGACCACAGCUCUAAUGAGUUACCUUACUUACGUGUUCCAUUGCACACCCUCAUAAAGCUCACUCCAGUAGCAUAUGGUUGUCGUGUGGAGAAGAUUGAUUUGAAGGUUCCAGCUGUAAACACACACAGGGAAAAGCCCAAGGUUGUGACAGUGAGCCGAACCUCUGAGGAUGCAUUGGAGACUGUUCCCGAACAUGAGUGACAUUGGUGGAAUGAUUUCAUCUUUCUUUAAUGGUAUGUCUUUUAUUAGUUAUCAAGGAGUUUCACAUAAUCUAGAAAGCUUACGGCAUACAGAUGGACAUUUUGUGGGUUGCUAAGGGGUUCAUUCCAUAAGUUCUCAAGAGUGAAGGUAUGCUUAUUUUAGGAGGCAAUCAUUGUGGACAAAAAUAAUGAAUUUUGUAAUGAUUUAUUAUUGCAGUGUUUUUUUUUCUUUAUUUUUUUUCAUUUCUAUUCUUGUUGUUAUUCUGAAUCAGAGAGAUACCCUAUUUGGUGUAGAUAAGUAAUAAAAUUAUUUCAGUGUUAUAUGUAGGUCUCAGGUUUUUAACCCUUAACUCCCAGACCAAGUUUGUAAUUCUCCUUACUGUCAACCAUUCAAUUCUUACAAUGUUAGCGCAGAGAAUUUAGUAGUGGAUCAACUAAUUAUCCCUUGACUGAUAUUUUUCUCUAUUCUCAUGACUUCUCUGGUUGAUAUUGUAUUGAUACUGUAAGGAGAAAUUCUGUCUUGGUCACUCAUGGGAGUUAAAGGGUUUAGUGCCUUUCCCUAUUCAUGGAGCAGGUACAAUGUUUGAAAUGCCUUGGGUUGUGUAGGGCCAGGGAAGUAUUAUACUUGAUUUAUUUGGACAAAAUGUUUUUACAUGCAACAUAUUUUGAUACUGACACCUUAUUUAAUUGUUUAACAUGUAGUAAGCAGGGUUAUUUUGUAAGUUACAUUUUAUAUUACCAAGCCAUGUAGGGGUAAGAAAAAAGUGAGCGAUAAGCUAAAUGUGUGUUUGUAUUACCAUAUGUCAAACCAUGAAUUAAAGAAUGUGUUAUUCCUCUAUUAUAUGAUUUCUAAUAAUUUAUCUUGAAGUUUUUAAAACUGCUUCCAAUAGCCUUGUCUGAGCAUCGUAUUGAUUGCAUAAGGCCUGUGCAAAAGAUGAAAACAAUGCAAACAAAUCCAUUAAAAUUUCCUGUGUGACCAACAAAAAAUCUUAUGAGCUUAACAGUUUGUUUCUUUGAAAAUCAUGCAGUGAUCAAAAAAAUCAGUCAAAGUAGUGGUGUAAUAAUAAUUAAUGAUUAGUAAUAUCAGAUUUUCUAUGUACCCACAUAUACAUGUAGACUGGUAUAUUUUGGAGUUAUAACUAUAUGAGUUUAUAGUCAUUCAAAUAUUCAUUGAGGUAAUUUAUUUUAAUGCUGUUAGGAUAUUAGUUUAGUUAAGCAACCACAUAUGUGUUGCAGAUUAGUGAAAACAUAUCAUUAUGGUAAAUGUUUUUAAUCCAAGUACUUGAUAUUUAACAUACAUUUGUAAGAGUAUAUUAGUUGACAUGAAGCUGGUAGUUAUUCAAAUGUUCAAUUUCAAAUUUAGGGCUAGCUCCUGUUGAUCAGGGUGAAAUUUAUUUAGAUAAAAUAAAAUGUAUUUAAUUUCACUGAGAAACAUUCAGUGUCUAGCUUUUGUCAAUAGCAUUUUCAUAAGGUAGCUCUGACUUAUGACCAUGUGUACAGUGGAUCUGAAGUGAGAAGCUGUUUCAAUUUAGUUGCUGCAAUAUUAUCCUUUUAAACUUAAUUGGAGGUGGGGUUGGAAAUGCAGGAUAUUGGUCUCAUUUCACACACAUUUGAGAAAAAUUCAAGCGUCAUAUAUAUUUUAAACAGCAUUUCAUGUGUCACAGGGGAACAUUCAAAUUUCUCAUCUCAUGCAAGAACAAAGUAAAGCCUUUAUACAGGCCCAGGUGGCCCAUGGGGCCGGCACUUAGCUCCAGUUUCCUUAGCAUGAAGUGGCCAGGAGUAUUGCUAUUCCCCCCUGGAUGGGAUGCUAGUCCAUCACUGGGUUGCCCUAAGCAUAUUUGCUGGUACCCAUCUGUACACCUGGGUGAAGAGAAGCACUGUGAGAGUAAAGUGUCUUGUCUAAGAACACAACACAAUGACCCCAGCCAGGGCUAGAACCUGGACCACUCAAUCCGGAGUCGAGGGCACUAACUGUGAGGCCGCCGCAAAACCUUACAUCUCAUGCAAGGUUUCAGGGAAAUCAUGAGGUUUUCACAAAAUGAAAGUAAAAAUCAUGGGUCACAUAUACUUCAGGAGGCAAAUCACACUUCAUGCUGAUUCAUAAAUUCAGUACAAAUAAAUCCUUUACCACCUUGAAAAGGAACAAUAGUGGUGUAUGCUAAACACAGAUUAGAAAGUACAACUUGCAGAACUAUAAUAUGUGCCCUACCUUUUUUUAAGUUCUAGAAUGUUUUUUUUUUUCAAUUCAUUGUCAGUUCAAUUUUGCUGCAUGACUUAAUUUACAGAAGUGAUUCCAGGGAAGACAUGGCUUCUCUCUACUCCCUUUCAAAGAAAAACCUAUCCUCUGUUUUAAACACUUUAAAACUGCUGUUUUUUGUAGAUUGUUGAUUACAGAGGAAAAGGGAUACUGCACCAGUAAUUAUGAUCUGACUUAUGGUUUUACACAUGUGUGAUGAAUAACAAUGACUUGUGUACCGUUAAUAACCAUAGAAAUUGCUCCAAUAUAGAGAGGUAGGCUUUACUAAGUGAAAAACUCUCCAUUGGUACCAUCUUUUCUCAAGAAGAACUACUCAAAUUGAUGGAUACAUAUGUAAGGGUGGUGUACAAUUUUGCAUGUUUUGCAUCAUUUUAUUGUAAUUGGGAAUAAUUCAAUCAAAGCAUGGAACAAAAUGAUUAUUUAUUCAGUAUAUAUCUGUAACUGUGAAACGAGAUGAC